CUUCAACAAAAAGUUAGUCGAAGUCGUGGGAGGGGCCGCGGCCGAGGUCGAGGCGGACGAUCUGGUGGACGUAAACGAGCGGCAGCUGAGAGUGAUGAUGGAGAAGAUAGCGAUUCCGAAUAUGGCAGUAAUAAAAAGCGAAAACGCGCAGGAAGUAGUGGAUCACGGGGUCGAGGACGAGGCAGAGGUCGUGGAAGACCGUCCCGAAGUUUGGGAAAAAAGAGUAGUAAAGACGAAAGCGAUGAUGACGAGGAAAUGGAUUUGUCGGACAAUGAUGCUGGUGGUUCAACUGGUUCUGGUGAAGAAUCCUACAAGCCUGCUCCUUCGAAGCGGCGCGCUGCCGCUUAUGUUGCCGGAGCGCAGUCACCCAAGACAUCAUCUAAAAAACGUGGUCGUGCUCCAGCAGCUAAAAUGCACUAA